AUGGGCGCCAUCGCUGCUCCGCCUCCGCCUCCGCCUGCAGCUCCCGCGCCGCCGCCUCCGCUCGUGGCUUCUUCUCCGAUCGCGUCAACCCUGUCUGCACCGACGGCGGCUGUGGAUGGCGUCCCAGGCGGCUCGUUCCGAGCGAUAGCUUCGGGCAACACCGUGGCCAGCUCCCUGCGCGACCGCCUGGCGUCCACCAAGCUCAAGAAAGUGGACCACGAGGAAGUCGCACGAGAGAAGGAGGACAACGACACGAGCGUGUUCAACUUCUUGGCGCGGGCGUUGAUCGCUCGGCGAGUGGCCAUCAGCGAGGAGGUGGUGGACGACGAGGAAUGGUAA